AGGCAGCGGUGGGAAGAUGGCGGAUUCUUUGAGUGUUGGGAUUAAUCUUGAUGCAUUUGCUCACGCGAUUAACGCCAUUCAACAACUUCGCUCCAGUGUUACCCGCGUUUUUGAUACUCUCAAGGAUGGGAUGAAGAACAAAGAGACGUUGGAAGGCAGAGAGAAAGCGUUCAUCAGUGAUUUUCAGGAGAACCUUCAUGCUGUCAACAGGGAUCUGAAUGAGUUGGAACGUUUGAGUAACUUGGUAGGGCGACCAUCAGAGAGCCAUCCUCUCCAUAACAGUGGCUUAUUGAGUCUCGAUCCGGUGCAGGAUAAAACUCCCCUCUACAGCCAACUUUUGCAGGCAUACAAAUGGUCUAACAAGCUCCAAUAUCAUGCUGGUCUGGCUUCUGGUCUGUUAAACCAGCAGUCCCUGAAAAGAUCAGCUAUGCAGAUGGGUGUAUCUGCAAAACGUAGACCAAAAGUUCAACCUACCACCCUUGCUCUGCCACCUCAAUAUGUAGAUGAUGUUAUUGCACGGAUUGAUCGAAUGUUUCCUGACAUGUCCCUUCAGUUAUCCAGACCAAAUGGUUCAUCUGCUGUGCUACUGGUUACGCUUGGAAAGGUUUUAAAGGCAAUUGUUGUAAUGAGGAGUCUAUUCAUUGAUCGGACAAUCGUUAAGGCUUACAAUGAAAACGUCUACACAGAAGAUGGGAAGCUGGACAUAUGGUCCAAGUCAAAUUAUCAAGUCUUUCAGAAGGUGACGGAUCAUGCCACUACAGCAUUGCUGCAUUAUCAGCUGCCUCAAAUGCCGGACGUAGUGGUCAGGUCCUUCAUGACUUGGCUGCGAAGUUACAUUAAAUUAUUCCAGGCUACAUGCCAGCGAUGUGGAAAAUUUCUUCAGGAUGGACUACCUCCCACAUGGAGGGACUUCCGCACGCUUGAGGCCUUUCAUGAUACUUGCAGGCAGUAACAUUUGACUCCUGGUCUAGUUGCUAAGGAUCAUAUCAGGAUUUAAUGAUGUAUACUUCACAAGAUUCAAAGACAUUGAUUUGAUAUGCCUAGUUUAAGGAUUCUAAACUAUUUCCUGCAGGGUAGAAUGAUUCUUCCACCAAUUUUGUAUUCAGAAAAAAUUAUUUUAUUAUAAAAGACCUUAAAUUCAUACGAAUAGUGUUACAUAUAAUUAGGGUAUGUAAAUCAUUGAAUUUAACAUUUUAAGUGUAAAUUUAAAAAAAAUUAUAUCAUGGUUUACAUGUGUACAUUAGGACUUACUUUAAUACACGUCCUUUUUAUUCUGCAUUCAUAUCAUGUUCCAGUCAAGCUUCUUUUACCUGUAUACUCGGCUGACUGUGCUAAAAUCAGAAAUUCAUAAGGCUCUUCCAUUUAAGUGUACAGCCAUUAAUGUUUACAGCAAAGUUUUGCCAAGGGUUAUGUUGUCUUAUUCUUUGCUUUCUGCCACAAACACUUAAGAUUGUUUCUUGUUUUCACUUCUCACCAUGUAAUUCUGAAAUUCAUUUUUCUUCUCAGUCAUAUUUUCAUUUCAUUAACUAAAUUAACAUAUUUUAAACAUAUGAUUGUAGAGAUGGCUAUAUUGCAGUUAUAAGACUCAAGGUAACAUUUCAUCAUUAACUUCAGUUUCAACACCAUUGUUCCUAAGACAUUUGAUGGACAGCAGGAAAUAUGCAGUUAUUUUUUUGAUACCUGGGGAAACUAAUGUAAUUAUUCUUUAUGAGAGGUAGCAGAUAAUUGUAUGAAAGAAUAUCACACCCAUCAGUCUAUUCACAUUUCAACAUGGGGUUCUGGAAUGUUCUUGAAGAUGUCUUUGCAUUAUUUUUGGUGAGACAACAAGCAGAAACUAGACUAAAUUGUCGAGUCAUAAUAGAAAAUCAUAAUUUGAAUUGGCCUUUAACCUCAGUCUAAUGAGAGGUUUCUGAAGAGAAAUGACCUAGGAAAAGAUUGCCGGUUACUCCACAGGAUCAGGCAAAAUAGUGGUUACAUUUGCCCAGGUUUUCCAUGUCAGUUUUAGUCCAUAACCAGUUGCUUUUUCUAAUGGGCCUAUGAGUAUUCCUAUACUUGUCUCACUUGAAAAUGAUGUGGAUUGAGGUGCAUCUAGUGCUUCAACAACAUUUUCAAGAGAAAUGUUACUUUAAUGGUAUAAGCAGGUAAGCUUGUUAUAAAUCUUGUUUUGUCAUAGCCAGAAUUAUUUCAUGUUGAAUUGGAACCUAGAAAUUCUCCAUUUCAAAUUGCAUUGUGAGUUUUGAAUGUCAUGUUUUUUUUUAAAAUACUAAAUUGAACUGAUGGACUUUUCAUCGUCGAGUGCUUCAUUCAAUGAUGUGAUGGUUGGGUGAGCUAUUAGCCUCCCACAGCAAUUACGUGUACAUUUUGUGUGCCACGGUUCCCAAGGAGACAUUGGAUUGUGCGUAAUUAGGCACUUAGUGAGAUCCAUUAAAAAGAAGAUAGGUUUAAGUGGAGCGGCCAGUGUUAGAGUGGGGUGUUAAGGCUUUGGCGCGAAGAGGCAUAGACUGUAGAUAGAUUUUUUCAGUUAUUUAUUCUUUCUUUAUUUCAUAUUGCUCAUUUAGAGCAGUGGGGAUGCCGGGCAGGAGAGUAGAAUGCUCUUCUCGCAGGAUGUGGGAAGGCGGCGAGACCUCCAGUGUCCAUGAUGACUAUACCUGCAAGAAGUGCAUCCAGCUGCAAUUUUUAACAGACUGUGUUAAGGAGUUGGAGCUGGAACUGGAUGAACUCCAGAUCAUUCAGGAAGCUGAGGGUUUGAUAGAGAGGACGUACAGAAACAAAGAAAAAUCUGCAUAUGCUGGAAAUCAAAGUAAUACAUACAAAAUGCUGAAGGAUCUCAGCAGGCCAGGCAGCACCUUACAGCUACCUGGACUAUACCUCAUCCCACCCUGUCACUUGUAAAAUUGCCAACCCUUCUCUCAAUUCCUCUGUCUCCACUGCAUCUGCUCUCAGGAUGAGACUUUUCAUUCCAGAGCUAAUGAGAUAUCCUCCUUCAAAGAAAGAGGCUUUCCUUCUUCCAACAGCAAUGCCACCCUCACCCACAUCUCUUCCAUUUCACGCAUCUGCCCUCGCCCCAUCCACCCGCCACCCCAACAGUUCUAGGGUUCCUCUUAACCUCACCUACCACCCCACCAGACUCCGCGUCCAUCACAUAAUUCUCUGUAAUCAUCAUCUCCAAAGGGAUCCCACCACCAAGCACAUCUUUCCCUCUUCUCCCUCCCCCCCCGCCCCCACAAGCAUCAAGCACCACACCUGCCCUUACACCUUCUCCCUCAUUGCCAUUCAGGGCCCCAAACAGUCCUUUAAGUGAGGCAACGCUUCACCUGUGAGUCUGUUGGAGUCAUCUACUGUGUCCAGUGCUCCUAGUGUGGCCUCCUGUAUAUUGGUGAGACCCAUCAUAGAUUGGAAGACUGCUUCGCCAAGCAUCUGCUCCACUAGAAAAAGUGGGAUCUCCCAGUGGCCACCCAUUUCAAUUCUACUUCCCGUUCCCAUUCUGACAUGUCAGUCCAAGGCCUCCUGUACUGCCAUGAUGAGGCCACACUCAGCUUGGAGGAGCAAUCACCUAUAUUCUGUCUGGGUAGCCUACAACUUGAUGGCAUGAACAUCGAUCUCUCAAACUUCUGGUAAUUGCCUCCCCCCCCCCCCCCCAACUCCCCUUCACCAUUCCCCAUACCUAUUUUCCCCUCUCACCUGAUCUCCCUCUGGUGCUACUUCCUCUUCCUUUUCUUCCAUGGCCUUCUCUCCUCUCCUAUUAGAUUUCCCCUUCUCCAGCCCUUUAUCUCUUUCACUAAUCGACUACCUUGUACCUCUUCCUCCCCUCUCCCCCACCUUACUACUCUGACUUCUCAUCUCUUUUUUUCAGUCCAAAACAUCGACUAUUUACUCUUUUCCAUAGAUACUGUCUGGCCUGAUGAGUUCCUCCAACAUUUUGUGUGUAUUAGGACAUACAAGAAGGUAGUAAGGUGCAGGACACUGGGUAACUUUCAGGAGGGAAAAAGGAAACAGGCAGUCAGUGCAGAGUAUCCCUGUGGCCAUUCCCGUCAACAACAGGAUACUGUGGGAGAGGUGACCUAGCAGAGGAAAGUCACAGCAGUCAGGUAUCUGGCAUUGACUCUGGCUAUGUGGCUCAGAAGGAAAGGGGAGAGAAGAGGUGAGCUGUAGUGAUAAGGGGUUCUUUGGUUAGGGGAACAGAAAGGGGGUUCGGUGGAUGAGAAAGAGAUUCUCAGAUGGUAUGUUGACUCACAGGUGCCAGGGUCAGGGACAUCUUGUAUCGAGCCCACAGCAUUUAUGUGCGAAGGUGAACAGCCAGAGGUUGUGGUCCACAUCAUUACCAUUGACAUGGGUGGGAGGAUGACAAGGUCCUGCAAAGUGAAUUCAGGAAGUUAGAUGCUAAGUUAAAUAACAGGGCCUCCAGGGUUGUGAUCUCAGGAUUGCUACCCAUGCCACGUGUUAGUGAGGCCAGAAAUAGGAAGAUCUUACAGUUUAACAUGUGGCUAAGGAGAUGUGCAGGAAGGAGGACUUCAGAUUUUUGGAGCAAUGGGUUCUCUUCCAGGGAAGGUGGGACCUAUACCGAAGGGAUAGUUUGCAUCUGAACUGGGGGAGGGGACUAAUACCCUAGUGGGAAUGUUUGCUUAUGCUGCAUGCAGGAUUUUAAACUACAGUUGCCGGGGGUGGGAAUCAGAGUGCCAGAACAGAUAGUGGAGUGGUUGUGGAGAAAGCCUACAUACAAAGUCAGGAAUCAAAAAGUCGAGCAUGGUGGAGUUAAUAUUCUGAGCUGUGGAUAUUUUAGUGUAAGGAGUAUUAUAGGAAAGGCAGAUGAGCUCAGGGAAAAGAUCAGCACAUGAAAUUAUGACAUUGUAGCCAUUAUUGAGUCUUGGUUGCAGAUUGGAAGACUGCUUCGCCGAGCAUCUGCUCCACCAGAAAAAGCAGGAUCUCCCAGUGACCACCCAUUUCAAUUCUACUUCCCGUUCCCAUUCUGACAUGUCAGUCCAAGGCCUCCUGUAAUGCCGUGAUGAGGCCACACUUGAGAUUUGUCUCCUUACAGGCAGCCACAAAACAAAGAGACCUGAUAGAACCUGUGAAAAAGACCAUCAAACACCCAAUGUACAGAGGAAAAAAAACAUAAAUCGUGCAAACAAUAAAAGCAAGCAAUAACAUUCAGAAUUGAAGUUCACGAAAGUAAGUCCACAGCCAGGAAGGCAAUCAUCACUACAGCUGAUCAAGGAGCACGUUAGUACAGACCACAGCCUCAGUUCAGCGCAGAGGAGAGUAAACAGCAGCAAGCUGAACGCCGGCCUGUCUCUCUCCCGUGGCCCGAACACCCUGACCUUUUCAAUAUGGCCCGUCACUUAAAUCGGCCAAACUUCAGGUUGUUCCUUGCAAUUAGACCAGGGGCCUGUCACUUCGACAUGCUCUCAGGCCUGGGCCCUGCUGCUUCAAUUCAGCCCAUACCCGACCUUUCCAAUGUGGCCUGGCACUUGGCCAAGCAGCGGAUCAUUCUUCGUUCUCCGUUCUCGGGCCCAGGUCUUGCUGCCUCACCUCACCUCAGUACUGCUGCUUCCGAUCACCUUCAGGUCCAUUCCAGUAUUGGGCAGACAUUGGUUCAUUCCCCACUCUUGGGCCCAGGCCCCAACGCCUCAAUUUGGCUUGUACCUACCACACCACAACCAUGCUGCACCUUCAGUACUUCAGUUCACAGUGCAAAAAUACCAGGUGGUACAGGCGGUUCAAAAGUUCAACUUCAAAAGGGAAGUAGGUUAUUAAUUGCAGUGAUCAUUUCCAAAAACAAAAUUGAUCAAUAAAGUAGUUAAUAGUUUUGUUUACUCCCAGCAAGACGUCGCUGUGCUUCACCUAUGCCUUCUUAAAUAAAUCUGCAUUGUAGUAAUUUUAUGUAUUGCACUGUACUGCUGCUGUAAAAAAAACUAAUUUCAUGACAUAUGUGACUGAUGAUAUAACUGAUUCUGACUUGGGUCUCUAUUGUGGACUGAGAGUGGGA